AUGGCUCCCAAACCCGACACUCCGUUCCGCUCUGCGGACAUGAGUAUGGUCCAACUCUAUGUUUCCAAUGAAAUCGGUCGCGAAGUUGUUACUGCGCUCGGAGAGCUUGGCCUCUGCCAGUUCCGCGAUCUCAACGAGAAUGUUAGCGCCUUCCAACGUACCUUCACUCAGGAGAUUCGACGUCUCGAUAAUGUUGAGCGACAGCUGCGAUACUUUUACGCGCAGAUGGACAAGAUCGGUAUCCCGCUCCGGAAGCUGGACCUCGACGUCGAAAGACUUGCAUCCCCAUCGACUUCCGAAAUCGACGAGCUUGCCGAGCGCAGCCAGAAAUUGGAGCAGCGUGUUUCCGCCCUUAACGAGAGUUACGAGACUUUGAAGAAGCGCGAGGGCGACCUGACCGAGUGGCGAUGGGUUCUUCGCGAGGCCGGCAGCUUCUUUGACCGCGCUCACGGCAAUGUUGAGGAGAUUCGCGCAUCUACAGACAACGACGAUGCUCCCCUGCUGUCCGACAUCGAGAACAACCAGAGUGGCGCCGACGCUGAUCGCUCCUUCUCCGGCAUGAACAUUGGCUUUGUUGCUGGAGUCAUUGCUAGAGACAGAGUUGCUUCUUUUGAGCGCAUCCUCUGGCGAACUCUGCGUGGCAACCUCUACAUGAACCAGUCUGAGAUUCCCGAGCCCUUGAUUGACCCUACCAACAACGAGGCCAUCAACAAGAACGUCUUCGUCAUCUUCGCUCACGGCAAGGAGAUUCUCAACAAGAUCCGCAAGAUCUCCGAGUCCAUGGGCGCCGACGUUUACAACGUUGAUGAGAACAGCGACCUCCGACGUGACCAGAUUCACGAGGUCAACAACCGUCUCGAGGAUGUUCAAAACGUUCUCCAGAACACCCAGGCCACUCUUCAGGCAGAGCUCAACCAGAUCUCUCAGUCGCUCUCGGCCUGGAUGGUUCUUGUCGCCAAGGAGAAGGCUGUGUAUAAUGCACUCAACAACUUCUCCUACGACAGCGCUCGACGAACUCUCAUCGCCGAGGCUUGGGUUCCCACCAACGAUCUUCCCUUGAUCAGGACGACACUCCAGGAGGUUACUAACAGGGCUGGUCUCUCCGUCCCUUCCAUUAUCAACAAGAUCCAAAGCAACAAGACGCCGCCAACUUACCUGAAGACCAACAAGUUCACUGAGGGUUUCCAGACCAUCGUCAACGCUUACGGUACCGCCACUUACCAAGAAGUCAACCCGGCCAUGCCCGUCUUUGUUACCUUCCCUUUCUUGUUCGCUGUCAUGUUUGGUGAUUUUGGCCACGCCAUCAUCAUGCUUUCAGCCGCCCUCGCUAUGAUUUACUGGGAAAAGUCACUCAAGAAGGUCAGCUUUGAGCUCUUUGCCAUGAUCUUCUACGGUCGUUACAUUGCCCUCGUCAUGGCUGUCUUUUCUGUCUUUACUGGUCUUGUCUACAACGAUGUCUUCUCCAUGUCCAUGACACUCUUCCCUAGCGCGUGGGAGUGGAAGAAGCCUGAUAAUUAUAGCAACACCACUUCUAUCAUUGCCACUCUGAACGACGAGGGAUACCGAUACCCCUUCGGUCUUGAUUAUGCUUGGCACGGUAGUGAGAACGACCUUCUAUUCAGCAACAGUUUGAAGAUGAAGAUGAGUAUCAUUCUGGGUUGGGCUCACAUGACUUACUCUCUCUGCUUCGCUUACAUCAACGCUCGCCACUUCAAGAAGCCCAUCGACAUCUGGGGUAACUUCAUCCCUGGUAUGAUUUUCUUCCAGUCUAUCUUCGGUUACCUUGUUCUCUGCAUUAUUUACAAGUGGUCCGUUGAUUGGAACGGUCUCAAGCUCAAUCCUCCCGGUCUAUUGAACAUGCUCAUCUACAUGUUCCUGCAACCCGGAACCAUCCCUGAGGGCCAAGAGCUCUACGCUGGACAAGGUUUUGUCCAGGUUGUUCUCUUGCUUCUGGCGUUCAUUCAGGUCCCCAUUCUCCUUUGCCUCAAGCCUUUCUACCUUCGAUGGGAGAACAACCGCGCACGCGCCAAGGGUUACCGUAGUAUAGGUGAAACUUCCCGGGUUAGUGCUUUGGACGGUGACGAAGAUGAGCCCAACGGCCACGGCAACAGCUUCGAUGAGGAUGGCGAGGGAGUUGCUAUGAUCUCUCAAAAUAUUGAUGAGGAACACGAGGAGUUUGAGUUCAGUGAAGUUAUGAUCCACCAGGUCAUCCACACCAUUGAGUUCUGUCUUAACUGUGUUUCCCACACUGCUUCUUACCUCCGUCUCUGGGCCCUGUCCCUUGCUCAUCAGCAGCUCAGCAUAGUGCUAUGGUCCAUGACCCUUGGUCCUGCUCUGAAGACGCCAGGCAUUAUGGGCGUCAUUAUGAUCGUUGUCUGCUUCACUAUGUGGUUCUUUUUGACCAUUGCUAUUCUCGUCUGUAUGGAGGGUACCAGUGCCAUGUUGCACUCCCUUCGUCUUGCUUGGGUCGAGUCGUUCUCCAAGUUUGCCGAGUUUGCGGGUUGGCCUUUUGCGCCUUUCUCGUUCAACACUCUGCUGGAAGAGUCGGAAGAGCUCAAGGACUACUUGGGUUAA